UUUUCAAAUAACUGUAUCGUCGUCAUCAUGUGCACAAGUCUCUCCGAGUUUGCAAAUAAAUGGCUCAAGAGCCUCCACAACAAAUAGCCGAGAGCCCACCACUCUCAUCAGUUCAAACUUGCGCAUCCGUCUCUCUGUCGGCUGAUCUCCGGUGGAAUGCGAUCUGGACGCAGUCCUCCGGUUUUGGCUCUUGAUUUUGCGAAGAUCUGAUGUUGCAUCUGAACUUCUGAUGAAUGCCUUAGAUUUGUUUUUUCUUUUCCUGGAAAUGGUUACUUCUGGUGCUGGCUUUCGGUGGUUCAUUUGUCCUGGUGAUCUCAAGAGCUAGUUGUGUUCAGUUGACUUAUCUUAUUGGGGAUUAAACCAAAAUGACCUCGAUCCUUAAUCAGACCGAGGUCCUUGGACACAUCCGAUGUGAAAGCUACUUCCUGUUUUCUGGAGAAACUGUUCUUUCAGAUGGUCUUCGUGCCGCCUUAUAUUUCCUCGGUCUUGGCUACUGCUUUGUCGGGUUGUCGGCCAUUACUGCAAGAUUCUUCCUGUCUAUGGAGAAUGUUGUUAAACAUUCACGUAAAGUGGUUGAGAUAGAUCCUGUUACUAAUUCUGAAACUGUCACGUACAAGAAAGUUUGGAAUUUUACGAUUGCAGACAUCAGUUUGUUGGCAUUUGGAACCAGCUUUCCUCAAAUAUCAUUGGCUACCAUUGAUGCAGUACGAAAUGUUGGGGAGCUGUACGCUGGAGGUCUCGGUCCUGGAACACUUGUUGGUUCUGCCGCAUUUGAUCUUUUCCCAAUCCAUGCUGUUUGUGUAUUAAUGCCAAAGGCUGGAGAAUUGAAAAAGAUAGCCGACUUAGGUGUUUGGCUGGUGGAGCUGUUUUGGUCUUUCUGGGCUUACAUCUGGCUCUACAUAAUCCUCGAGGUAACUCAGGAAAAGUUUUAUUCAUGUGAACUUCCUCACAUACAUCCAAAUUGUGAUGAAACAUAUUCUUGCUUUCAUCUUCACGCCUCCAAUUAUGUAUGUUUCGAGCUCCUCUACUUUUAUGUUUGUGGGCAUAAUACGAGAUUUUUUUUUUACAAUAUUUGAUGGACAUUCAUUGAGUUAGA